CCCUCUGCACGACUGCUCCGCCUUGAGUCCCUAUACAACACGGUCCUUUCCCCCUCUGCCUCAGUCUUCAGGUUCUCUCUUUCUUCCCCCCCCCUUGUUCUUCCCUCGGCCUCAUCACUACGGGAUUGUUGGCCUCGCGCCCAUUCGAUACCCCCGUAUACCCUAUACCUCUUUACCUCUAUACCCGAUACUCUCUACUUCCUAUUCUCAUACCUUCAUUCUUCCUUUCCUCCUUAUCUAUUAUCCGAACCCCCACUCCCCAUACCAAAAGAAAAUCGCCAAGUGAUAUCCGAAAUCAUGGCGUCUACCUCCGAUCAGUUCUUCUAUCUUGAUAGCCCGACUCAAUUCGAGGAGUGGGUCGACUUUGACCAAUUCUUGGAUCUGCCAUCCGCCUAUGGCGACGAAUAUUCCGCCUCGGCCUCGACCAACUCGAUCUCCCCUGACAUGGCCUUGCCCUAUGAUGCUGAGAUGCUGUCCACCGACCUACUGGACUUCGGCCCAUCCGCCUUCCCGGACAUGCUCAACUAUGAUGCGUCGCAGGAGAGCUUCUUCGCGGAUCUGUCCCCAGAGAUGGGCAUGAUUGACGACCAUGCGGUUGCAAUGGAUGACAGCACUUUCUACAACUACCCACAAUACGAUACCUCUUUUGACUUCCGUCAAGUUGUCGAAGCGCAGGCUGCCGCUGACCCGCGUGUUGCGUCGAUCAAGGAGAAGCGCCGCGAAGCUGCCAUUGCGUUGCAUCUGCAGCGGCUGUGUGAGGCCACGGCCCUCGACCUUGACAUGUCUUCCGACUCUAAUACCAGCUUCUCCUCCCCAGCUUGGUCAGAAUAUGUUCGUGGUAGCAACUCUCCGCAAUCUACUAGCGCUAGCCCGAAGACGCCUUCCGCCCCUGCCCCUGCUGCUGGCACUGGAGGAGUCGAGAUGGUCCUGGACCUGAACAUGAAUACCGCUGCGAAUCUGCCCAAGAAGCAGAAGCCCCGCUCUCAGGCACAAAAGGAGAACUAUAUCAAAGCUCGCAAGUAUGGAGCCUGUGAGAAGCACAAGAAGCAGCACAAGCGAUGCAACUGCUUGGAGAAGGCUGCCGCCCGCAUGGGUGUCAAUGAUGUUCCACUGAACGUGGCUUACAAGGAACGGCCGCAACCAUCGGCACAUUCGUCACCGGUUCUUCCAGAUUCACGUGUCUCUAGGGUCCCAGGCCACGAUAGAUCUGUUUCGCCUACACUCCGACCAAUGACCCGGGUGCCAACUGUCGAGGCACUCAAGAGGGCCAUCAACAGUUCUCCAGGACACGAUCCAUCAACUCAAUCGAGCGGCGUGCUGCCGUCCGUAAGAACCACGACGAAGCGAACAAGCGGUGUCCCCGGACACAACCCACGUUUCAUCGUAUCUGCUUUCCCGGCUCCAGUUGAGCAAGUUGGCAAGACGGCCGCUGUUCAAUCCGACCAGGUACUGAAUGUCAAGCUGAACGGCAGCGGUGUCCGCGGACACGAUCCUCAAUUCAACGCUUCUGGUUUCUUGACCCCUGUCAAGGAGGUGGGACAGAAUGUCUCGCGACCAAAUGCGAGCGUCUCUCAACCCCCACGAGCGACGGAAAGCCGUGGUCUCACUCAGACGAAUCUGCGUGGCGUUGCUGCUGCCGUGUCGUCCGCUGCCGUGUUGUCCGUCAAGACAGCCGACAAGGCUGCUGGCUCUGGGGGCCAGAACGUAUCACGUCAACCCCAAAGUGUACCACAAUCCGUCAAAACAACCAACCGGCGAGCCAUUGGCCAGUCAAACCUGCGCUGGCGCCUUGUUGGAUUCUCCCCGACAACCGACGCUGGUGUCGCCAGCGGUGUGCAGGAGAGCCGCAAUACCAGACAGACCAUGUCGACUACGACUACCUCGAAGCCAAGCGUUCCACGCACUCCAAACUUGGAUGUCCGGCGUCCCCGACACACAUUGUCUGCUCACCGUGUAGACAGCAACGUGUCGUCAAACGCUCCAGUUUCAUCCCAAGCCCUACCAUUGACCGUGCCGACGACCGGCCGGACAUCGGGAACCCUGGGUGUACUGCCAACCAACAACUCGCAGCGAUCUAUGGCCGGCUUCAAGAAGCCAUUGGACAUACUCUUCACUCGCGCCCGGGUGCAAGUGGAAGUGUCUUCCCAAGGUCGCCGCUCCGAUUCAGCGCCGAGCUCUUGUCCGACCCUUCAAUCCGGACAAACAAGCCUCGCUACUCGGUCGAUUUCCACCCAAUUGGGUGGCCUCUUUUCACGCACCGUGUCGGCAUGUGCUGGCAUUGGGCUUUCAUCUGUCUCAUUUGCUUCUUGGUCCGAGCAGUCCAUCGGCCAGUGCAUCUCCAUUUUGGGUAGUCAACUGAUGGCUGCGAGGAAAUCAUUCCAAGCGUUGCAAACGUCUCUCAUCUAAGAUAGACGAAACUUUUCUGCAUGAUUGAGAGCCUCGAAGAGGUCAUCAGUGCAAUUGAAUCCACGGGCCUAUGGCUGGUGUUGUCUUCGCACUGGGAGCUUUUCGAGCUCGCAUGAUGUUUGUUUUGAUUUUGCAUUUUGCGCAGGCUACCCUAAUGUCUUGGAUUUGGCGAUGUUUCAUUGGAGUUGUGUGAUUUUGGUGCUUGUGCAUCUACCUAGCUAGUUGCGACUCAGACAGAGAUGAGGAUUCGGUUUGGUAAAGACAACUGGCUAGAAAAACGGGUGAUUCACCCCCGAUUAGAAUACAAAAAAGCUAUGAUUAUGAUCAAACCUGC